UGGGUUGGAGAUUCCCUUAGAGUUGAGCUGACCUCAAGUGACGGGACUGCGGAGUUAAAAAAUAUCGGAAUGAAGUGGUACCCAGCAUUCCAACGAAUUCUUCCGCCGCUCUUCUUCCCUAGUUCCUGAAAAUACCUGCCACGCCACUUUUUUUUCCAGAGACACCUAACCCCCUCUCCCGAUGAUUGCCGCUGUCGCGUCCACGCAUACGACUAUACUUUGCGAGCUUGCACCGACGGAUGGCGCCGUUGGUCGGAACAGAGACCUUUCGGGGAUCCCUCGUCUCCGAUCGGCGGCAGAUCUAUCGCCCGCAAGCGGGAAGAUUAUCCUCCAGCCGCGGCUCUGCACUCUUCGAUCGUACGGAUCAGGAAAAAUCCCAGCUCCCGUAAAGAAUUCUAGCAGCAACACCACUUUCUUCUUCGCAUCCCUCGCUGAUUACGUUGAAAGCGCCCGCAAGAGCCACGACUUCGAGAUCGUCUCCGGUCGUCUCGCCAUGAUUGCGUUCGCGGCCGCCGUCGGAGUGGAGUUCGUUACCGGGAACUCUCUCUUCAAGAAGUUGAACGUUGAGGAGAUCGCCGAAGCCGCCGGAAUCUGCCUCGCCGUUGUUACCUCAGCCGCCGUCUUCGCCUGGUUCUCCAGCGCCAGGGCUCGGAUCGGUCAAAUCCUUAAUCUUAGCUGCAAUUCAUUCGUCGACUCUCUCGUCGACAACAUCAUCGACGGCCUGUUCUACGAGAACGAUCCCUGCGAUUGGUCUGAUGAGAUAUAACUCGUUCUUGAUCCAAGCAUCAAGUAAAAAGAUUCAGUCGAAAGAAUCAAAGAUGUUGGGGUCAAAAUUAUAGAAACUGAGUGCUGUAAAAAGUUUAUUUAGUAAAUUAGAUACGAGUUUAUGUAUAAUACAUAAAGAUAAAAUGAGAUAUAAGAAUGUUAAUUUUAUA